AUGUCGCUCUCCAACAAGCUCUCCAUCGCCGACGUCGACCUCAAGGGCAAGCGUGUCUUGAUCCGUCGCAUCGCCGGUGCUGUCCCCACCAUCAAGUACGCUGUCGACAAUGGCGCCAAGGCCGUCAUCCUUAUGUCCCACUUGGGUCGCCCCGACGGCAAGGUCAACCAGAAGUACUCGCUGAAGCCCGUUGUUGCCGAGCUCGAGAAGCUCGUCGGCAAGAAGGUCACCUUCACCAACGACUGUGUCGGCCCCGAGGUCGAGAAGACCGUCAACAGCACCACCGAUGGCGGCAUUGUUCUCCUCGAGAACUUGCGUUUCCACGCCGAGGAGGAGGGCAGCAGCAAGGAUGCUGAGGGCAAGAAGGUUAAGGCCGACAAGGCCAAGGUCGAAGAGUUCCGCAAGGGCCUGACCGCUCUUGGUGACGUUUACAUCAGUGAGUUGCAACAUGUCCGCACAUUCGCUAUGCCACGCAUACUAACAAAUCUUUCANNAGACGACGCUUUCGGUACCGCUCACCGUGCCCACAGCUCCAUGGUCGGUGUCGACCUUCCCCAGAAGGCCUCUGGUUUCCUCGUCAAGAAGGAGCUUGACUACUUCGCUCAGGCCCUCGAGGAGCCCAAGCGUCCUUUCCUGGCCAUCCUCGGUGGUGCCAAGGUCUCGGACAAGAUUCAGCUCAUUGACAACCUCCUCGGCAAGGUCAACAGCCUUAUUGUCUGCGGUGGUAUGGCCUUCACCUUCAAGAAGACCCUCGAGGACAUGAAGAUUGGUGACUCGCUCUUCGACGAGGCUGGUAGCAAGACCGUCAAGGACCUUGUUGAGAAGGCCAAGAAGAACAACGUCAAGAUUGUCCUUCCCACUGACUUCAUCACCGCCGACAAGUUCGACAAGGACGCCACCACUGGCAAGGCUACCGACAAGGAGGGCAUUCCCGACGGCUGGAUGGGUCUCGACUGCGGUGAAGAGUCGAUCAAGCUCUUCAAGGAGACCAUUGACGAGGCCAAGACCAUCCUGUGGAACGGCCCCUGCGGUGUCUUCGAGUUCGAGAAGUUCGCCCGCGGCACCAAGGCCACUCUUGACAACGCUGUUGCCGCUGCCCAGGCUGGCAAGGUUGUCAUUAUUGGUGGUGGUGACACUGCCACCGUUGCUGCCAAGUACGGUGUCGAGGACAAGCUUAGCCACGUCUCGACCGGUGGUGGUGCUUCGCUCGAGCUGCUCGAGGGCAAGGAGCUCCCUGGUGUUACUGCUCUUUCGAGUAAGUAA